AUGACAGGGGCAGCAGGCCAAAACAAACAACACUUUAUUACCAAGAACACAGCCAAGCUCGACCGAGAAACAGAAGAGCUGCACCAUGACAGAGUUCCUCUGGAGGUGGGCAAAGUGAUCCAGCAGGGCCGGCAGAGCAAGGGCAUGACACAGAAGGACUUGGCCACGAAAAUCAAUGAAAAACCACAAGUUAUCGCUGACUACGAAUCGGGAAGAGCAAUCCCCAAUAACCAGGUGAUGGGCAAGAUCGAAAGAGCCAUUGGCCUUAAGCUGCGUGGGAAGGAUAUUGGAAAACCUCUGGAAACCGGCCCCAAAGGGAAAUGACAGCAAAGCCUCGAAAUCAGUUUGUUCAGACUGAUCUCGUCUGGCUGGUUCUGACCACCAGGAUCUCUCUUCAUCUUGCCAAGCUGAACACGAGGGUUUCAGACUUGCUUUGGGGGGGAAACCUGCCGAAAUCUGUACCUGCUGUAAAAAGGCAACCUUAAAGAAGCAAUUUUCCUGAUUUUUGUUUUUCCCUUCCUCCUUUCCAGAGAUUGAAGAACUAAACCCAAAAAAAAAAAAUACCGCAGCUGUUUGCCAGAAAACAUGUGCAUCUUGGUGUUUAGAAGCAGCUAAUGUUAAGACACUUGGGGUGAUCUGAAAUGCAAUCACUUAAUUGGAACAAUUUGGGGCAUGGGUGGGACAUACUCUAUAUAAAUAAUUUGGGAGAGUUGGGGCUUGGUCAGUGUCUGCAUUUGAAAUGAUGACUCAGUCACUGCAUCGCAAUGACAUGUUUGUUUGUUCCUUCCAGCCUGUUUUAAAGAGAUCUAUAAUAAAGUUUGAUACCCUUCAGUUGCA